AUGUCGUUCCAGCCGGCUAUCGCCUCACCCUCACUCGGCCACCAGACAGUACAUCCGAUUACUUCAAGAUUGGAAGCAGCGGCAUCGCAUGGCUUCAAGCUUAUUGAGUUGGUUGAGGAUGAUCUGGCCUUCUAUGCCAGGGACCAAUUGGGGGAAGUCAGCGAGAGCACCACCAUUCAGGCUGCCAUCGACAUCAAGAUCAUCUGCGACAGACUCAAUAUCAAGCCCUGCGUUCUUCAACCAUUUUGGUUCUACGAGGGCCUACUUGACCCGCAGCAGCAUGCGGUUCGGAUUUCCAAGUUACGCUUAUGGAUGCAACUAGUCAAGAUUCUCGGUAUACGAAUUGUUCAGGUUCCUACCAACUGGAUGAAGAACGGCACGACGGGUGAUAUUGAUGCCAUUGUCAAGGACUUCAGGGAGAUGGCCUCGAUUGGGCUUGAGCAAGACCCGCCUGUGUGCUUCGCGUAUGAGGGCGUGGCGUGGGGCACACAUAUCGACACGUGGCAAGGAACUUGGGAGAUUGUGAAGCGUGUGAACAAGCCCAACUUUGGGCUUUGCUUGGAUACCUAUCACAUCGCUGCACGUGUCUGGGGAGAUCCAACAGCCCCAGGCUGUAAACGCUCCGACGGAGACGAAGCCCUCAGGAGGUCGAUGGAAGAGCUGGCCACGACGGUUGACGUCCACAAGAUCUUCUACGUACAACUAUCAGAUGCUAAGCUGCUGGACCAACCUCUUAUUGAGGACCACCCUUUUUACAACAUGGAGCAACCGCCACGGAUGUCUUGGUCGAGAAAUGCUCGUCUGUUUCCCUGGGAGAAAGCCCAAAACGGAUCCUUGCCCCUUGAACCUAUUGUUCAUGCCAUUUUCAUGUCUUUAAAAUUUGAAGGAAUUGUUACAGUGGAGACAUUUUCAAAUGAGCUGUUUCACGACGACCCGAAGGUCCCAGACAGGUUUGCGACCAGGGCCAAGCAGAGCUGGUGUACGGCAAUGCAGAAGAUAAACAGCCCAUAG